AUGGAAGAAGUCAACCAAACAUCUAGAGGAAGGUUCAUCCUCCUUGGUCUAUCCGAUGUCCCGUAUCUCCAGGUCAUCUGUUUCCUUGUGUUCCUUGUGAUGUACAUAGUCACAUUGUCAGGAAACCUUCUACUGAUCAUCGUGGUGAGGCUCAACCCCAAGCUACAGACCCCCAUGUACUUCUUCCUGAGUAACCUCUCCAUUAUUGAUAUCUGUUUCUCAUCCACCAUUGUUCCCAAACUCCUCAUAAACACUCUGACCAAGGAUAGAAGUAUCUCCUGGUUGGGAUGUGCAUUACAGAUGUACUUCAGUCUGGCUUUAGGAUCAGCAGAGUGUUUCAUACUAGCCGUCAUGGCCUAUGACAGGUAUGCUGCCAUCUGUAGACCAUUGCACUACAACAUCAUCAUGAACAAGACGUUGUGUAUUAGUUUAGCCGUGGGGUCCUGGGGUAUCUCCUUCAUGAACUCUGCCAUACAUGUUGUCCUCACCUUCCAACUCCCUUUCUGCAAGUCCCACCACGUCAACCACUUCUUCUGUGAGAUACCGCCUUUACUUCGAUUAUCCUGUCGAGACACUUUGCGCAAUGAGAUAGCCACGUACAUCUCGGCAGGGAUCAUCGCUAUGUGUUCUUUCUGCUUGACCCUGACCUCAUACGUCCACAUCAUCUCCACCAUCCUGAAGAUCCGUUCCUCACAAGGAAGACACAAAGCAUUCUCCACAUGUGCUUCCCACCUGACCGUGGUGGUUCUCUACUACGGGACCAUCAUGUCUAUAUAUCUGAGACCCCGCUCCACCUACUCUCCUGAAAUAGACAAAACCGUGUCCAUUCUCUAUACGGUAGUGACACCGAUGCUGAACCCCGUCAUCUACAGUAUGAGGAACAAGGACGUCAAAGACACAGUCAGAGGAACACAAACAAAUUAA